UUCUCUUUCUUGGUACCUAAUUGUGAUUCUCCUCCCAGCUUCAUGUCUAAGCAAGGUCAAAGUUGAAGACGAAAGUGAAGAGCGCAACGUCGGCAAGAGAUCACCGAUGAAUAUGAUCACUGCUGAUGUACAGAAGCAGAAUUGUUGUUUCUUCUUUUGUUCUUAAACUCCCCUCUUCUUAAUCGCAAGCGGCUGCGAAUCACGACACCUGUUCCCUGUUUUGGCCUUGUUCUAUUUCCCCUUCUCUCUCGUUCUGACAAGUUUACGUGCUUAGUGCUAUCGUGCCUGCAAGAAGGGAUGGGAUCGAUUCUAAGCACUCGGAAGAGCAAGGAAGAACUGGAAAUGGCGUUGAAUAAGGCUAAGGAGAUAGCAUCCUCCUCUCCCGUCGUUGUCUUCAGUAAGACAUACUGUGGUUACUGCAAGAGGGUCAAAGAUCUCUUAAAUCAGCUAGGGGCAGCGUUUAAGGUCAUUGAAUUAGAUGAGGAAAGUGACGGGGGUGAUAUUCAGACAGCUCUGGCUGAAUGGACCGGACAAAGGACCGUGCCUAAUGUGUUUAUAGCAGGAAAGCACAUCGGUGGUUGUGACUCUGUCAUGGCGAAAUACCAAGCAGGUCAACUUACUCCACUUCUCAUUGGUGCUGGUGCCAUCGCCAAUAACUCUGCCCAGCUCUAAACAGCCGUACAGAAUGCUGGCUUGUAUAAUAUGACUGGGUAAUAAAUAACUUCUGCCAUUACUCUGUAUUAUGUAGUGGUGCUUUUUUCAAAGCAACCAAUUUAUAAAUUGGGCGUUUCUGUGUA